AUGUCUUCGGCUCCUCGCAAACAAGCCCCCCGCCUCGCACGUCCCGCUGCACGAUAUUGGAAAGGAAAAGCACCUAAGGGUGUUGCUGAGGUUGACUCCGAAUCUGACGAGGAGGCGCCCGAAGUUGAGGAGGAAGGCGAUGUUCUCAUUGGAGGAGAGCAAGACAUCGUUCAGGAAGACGAUGAAGACCUGCCGACCGCUCAAAAUGUCCCAAAGGCUCGGAUAAAAUCCAUGAAUGUGGCUUUGAAAGAUGUCAAUAUCUCGAAAGAUGGAAAGGUCAUCGUUGCAGGCAGAGACGAGUCUGGUCGAACGGCCCUGGAGGACGAAGAAGAAUCCGAAGAAGAGGAGUCUGAAGAGGACACGAAGCCUGGUCAACUGAAGGAGGAAUCCGACGAAGAUGAAAAGCCAAAGCUUCAACUGCGGCCCGUCUUCGUUCCAAAACGGAAUCGAGUCACGAUUGCAGAAAAAGAAGCCUUAGCUGCAGAUUCUGAAGAGGUUCUUAGGAAGAAGGAGUUAGAACUUGAAGAGCGGAAAAAGCAGAGCCACGACCUUGUAGCGGAAAGCAUCAGGCGGGAGUUAGCAGAAAAGGAGAAGGAGGAUGAUAUUCCAGAUGUUGAUGACACCGACGGCUUGGAUCCUCCUGGCGAAUUUGAGGCAUGGCGACUACGCGAACUUGGGCGAAUUAAGAAGGAGAAGGAGGAAGAGAUUCGCAGAGAAGAGGAGCGGGCAGAAGUUGAACGUCGUAGAGCCCUACCCGAGGCACAGCGUCUAAAGGAGGACCUUGAGCACGCCCAAAAGCUUCGGGACGAGAAGCCGAAAGGCCAGCAGAAGUUCCUUCAAAAGUAUUGGCACAAAGGUGCUUUCCACCAGGACGAGGAGAUUCUCAAGCGCCAUGACUACACGGAAGCUACCACAUCUACGGUUGACGUCUCAUCCUUACCCAAAGUCAUGCAAGUCAAAAACUUUGGGAAGAGGAGCCGAACGAAAUAUACACACUUAUUGGAUCAAGAUACCACGGUCCCUACUGGGGGCUUUGGUGGAAAUGCACCAGUUCAAGCCGGGGGAAAAUCCCUUGAGGGAGGGGGUUGCUUCUUAUGCGGUGGACCACAUUUGAAAAAAGAUUGUCCACAAAAUACGGGACCACUACCACUGUCAGGUCGUGGUCCUGGAACAGGCUCGAACAACGUUUCGGGAGGUUCGCGCACAUGGGGAGCACCUCCACCACCGCGAGACGGACAGUCAUGGCGAUCGCAUGAUGACGUCCGAGACGACAAUGACGGCCGAAGUAGAGACCGUGGACUACGUCGAGAGGAUGACGGCUACCAUCGACAUGACAGAAGUAAACCGGGUGACCGCUAUGAUUAUGAUUCUCGGGGCUCGAGGCGCAGGUCUCGAUCCCCACGUCGCUCACCCGACGGAUAUGAUGACGACAGAGAUUAUCGAUACAGAGAGCGGCGGCGUUCUCGAGAGCGUCUUGACGACCGGGACCAUAGGGACAAGCGAAGACGAACGAUUGCUAUAAUAGGCAGUGGCCUCGCUGGCCUGACCGCUGCCUACCUUCUGACCAAGCACUCUCAGGACGGGGACAUUUGCUUUGAUACGUCGACCUUGGGGAUGGACAGUUCUUCCAUAUCCUUGCCCCUACCAGGCCAGGACCAAGACUGGAGAGUAGACGUUCCCAUGCGCUCUUUCCAAGGAGGAUAUUACAAGCAGCUAAUGGCGCUCUACAAACGCCUCGGUGUCAAGUUCACACCACGAAAUUUUUCGUACUCUUUCUCCCUCCUUUCCAUGUCGGAGAAGGGCCGGCAAAUAACUGCAGAAAUGAUAUACAACGGCUCCUCAGGGCUUGGCGGUGUAAGCAUGCCUUCAACGUUGGACGAGAGCAAGCCAGACCUGGGGUUGGCACUGCAAGCAGCCUCGAAAGCUUGGACGAUCGGAUUAUUUGUCAUUUGGUCUAUCCAUAUUCUUCUCUGCUACCUAAGACUGCUGUGGCUCUCUAUUCCCAUGGUGCGAUCAUCGGAAGUCGAAACUAUGACCUACAAAGACUGGGUCAAGAAGACUCAUCCUACGAGUCUCCUGGCUAAAUGGACAGGCUUUGAGGAAGUUUGGACAGAAUUCACUCAUACUAUUAUGGUGCCCUUAUUCUCGGCUGUAUGUACGGCACCGGAGCAGGAGAUUCUUGACCAUCCCGUCGAAGAAUUUCUAGAUUAUAUCUGGCUUACCUUGGGCACACACCAUUAUGUGGUUGUCGAUGGCGUUCGGGACGUCGUCGGGAGACUCGUAUCCACGGUUCGGAAUGUCCAUCUAUCACAUCUCAUUUCCUCCAUCGAAGCCGAUCCAGACAACCCGGAUCUGGUAUCCGUAAAUUGCACCAACGCUGACGGUGCCAAGACAUAUACUGGUUUCCAUCAUAUUAUUUUCGCUACCCAAGCAAACCGUGCAGUCCCACUUUUGUCGUCCUACGCGUCAUCAUUAACUGGCAAAAGAAGGGAAGCAGUCGAGGAGCAGAUGCACUGCUUGGAGAAAUUCACAUACCAUUCUACUCUCGUUAUCAACCACACGGACGAAACCCUUCUCCCCGACGAUACGCGGGACCAUAGGGACUUGAAUCUGAUUUAUACCCGAGCAGACACCCUAAUACCCCCAAAGACAGUAUCAUCACGAUGUCUACCAUCAUCAUAUACCAUGGCGACUCACGUUCUCCCCCGACCACCAGGGUUUCCUGCUCAUCUGCCUGCUGUUUUCCAGUCCACAGACCCAAUCAUCGAACCUAGAGAAGGACGGAUAUUGAGUGUGGCGAGACUGGAGCGGGCCGUUGUGACGCUAGAGUCGAAACAAGCACUAAAGGAGUUAUACCAUGUGGAAGGUAGGACAAGGUGGCGGGGUCCGCGCGAAGAGUCGCUGGGGAGAUUACAGGGUGCAGGGAGACUCCGAGAUGGCAGUCCAGGCAUUUGGAUGUGUGGGUCGUUUGCAUAUCCUGGGAUUCCGCUGCUAGAGGGGUGUGUUGUUAGCGCCAGGCUUGUUGUGGAGCAGGGAUUAUACAAGUCAGAAGGAGUACGGGUGAAGCAUCCGCCUUGGUGA